AUGGCCCAGUUUGUCAGUCACAUCAAGGUGCUUCAUGCUCUUGUAAACCUGGAGUACCUCCUCCAAGGUGUAUCUUGCAGCGUUCAGCUGUCUCAAAUUGAUGUGAACCUCGGUUAUCGGGAGUACCAGACGCCUGAAUACUUUCAAUUGCUGGCUUUGCGUGUGCCUCAGCCGUUCCACGUCAUCUAG